GCUACUUUCGCUGAUCAUCUUUGCCAAUUCUAAUCCUGUACACGUGGAGGCCUAGAGCGCAUUCUGCCGGACGUCGCCGACACUACCGGCUCCACCCCACCGGCUAGACAAGAUGUCCAGCUCCUCUAGCCAGUGGUCAGGCUCGUGUCUGCGACGAUGGCUCCAGGACAACCUCUUCCUGAUAGCCACCGCCGCAGGAGUCCUCGGAGGCCUCAGUACAGGAUUGAUCCUCAGACCCAUGGGAUUGAGUGAGGAUACUGUAAUCCUCAUAUCUUAUCCUGGAGAGCUAUUCAUGAGAGUCCUCAAGCUUAUGAUCCUUCCCUUCGUAAUUUCCUGCCUUAUCAUUGGGACAGCCACCAUAAAUGUUCGGAAGAAUGGACGCAUCGCUGCACGGACAAUACUUUACUUUAUAUCAACUUCAGCACUAAAUGUGGCAUUAGGACUGUUGUUGGUGAUUACUAUACAUCCAGGAAGUCCAGACUUUCACAGCAACAUUACAAACGUUGUUGACAUGAGAAACACCAAUUUGCUGGAUGGAUUUUUAGACAUGGGCAGAAAUCUUGUACCUGACAAUAUCUUUCAGUCUGCUUUUGAACAGACAUACACAGAAUAUUACACGCCUGGUCAAAAUGCAGAUAAUUUUUCUCUUGAAGUAGUAAAUGUCUCAGAUAUUGCAGUACCAACCAAGCGAAGGCUUUCUUUCAGGAAUGGCACCAACACCCUGGGAAUUAUUUUCUUCUGCAUAAUCUUUGGAUCGGUGCUUGGAUCUAUUGGACCUCAGAAAGCUAUUGUGAUAGAGUUCUUCACAGUGAUCUACCAAGUGUUGAUGAAGAUGCUGAUGGGAGCGAUAUGGUUUACCCCCCUGGGCGUAGGCAGUAUCAUCUGUGGGAAGAUGGUAUCCGUGGCCGACCUUAGCUUGACCCUCACCCAACUGUCCUGGUUCAUCCUCACGAUGGCCACGGGAGUCCUGCUCUAUCAGCUGAUCAUCCUGCAGCUCAUUUACUACGUGUUUGUUGGUAAAAACCCAUACACCUUCUACUCCGGUCUAGGUCCAGCCAUCGUCACUGCUUUUGCAACGGCUUCCAAAGCCGCUGCAUUUCCAGUGGCCUUCAAACUAUUGGAUGAAAGACUCAAGGUAGAUUCUCGCAUCUCCAAGUUCAUUCUUCCCAUCGGAACCAUCAACAUGGAUGGAACUGCUCUGUUCCUUAGUGUGUCUGUCUGCUUUCUGGCACAAAUCAACAACAUUGCACUCACUGUGGGAGACCUCCUAACACUAGGGUUAUCAUGUACUGCAGCCUCCAUGUCUAGUGCCACGGUCCCCUCAGCCGCCCUCGUCCUCGUAUUGAUGUUGUGUUCCACGGUCAACGCUCCUACUGAAGACGUUUCUCUGCUCUUUGCCGUUGAUUGGUUUGUAGACAGGAUGAGGACAACAAAUAAUCUACUUGGUGACUGUUAUGCUUGUGCGGUGAUAGAAAGUUUGUCUAAAAAGGAGCUCAGUGAAAACUUUGAUGACGAAGAGAAUACACAUUGCUAUGGAAGCGCUUUCUCAUGUGCGGCGGAUUUGAAAAUACCAAAAAAUGGUCACGUAAAAGUAGAUGACUCAUUGGAAGCAUGAAACAUCUGAUGGGUUAACGAGGGUUGAUUUCUGUGAUGUUAGGUUAGGUUUAGGAUAGGAGCAGCACAACUAUUACACAAUAAGACAGCUUAUUUUUGAAAUGUAUUAUUAUUAAAAUGUAUUUGUUAUUAGUGUAUAUAAGGGAACAUUGGGAACACAUUUUUAACGUAGUUUUUUGUAUACUUAAAAGACAAACCGUACAAUAGUAAUUUCUAACUGUUUUUUAGAUGAUUUUUAACAAUUUUACUGCAUUGCACAACUGAUGUGAUAGCUCAUAUUAAUGUUUCAAACACAUAUUAUUGAUUGGUAUCGCUUUAAU